GUAGCUAUGCCAUGGGAGAACUGGUAAGAAAUUUGCCUAGCCGGCAACAGCGAUCUUCAAAAAACCUUGAAGAAGACACAAUAGUUGCUGUCCUAAACACCAUCCACGAAAUUAUUACUGACAGUUCUGAAAAUGCCCGGUCCCUGAUCCAGACGCAAGGCAUUCAAAAGUUGGUUGCUAUCAGCAAAUCCAGCCAGUCCUCCAGAGAAAUGAAAGCAGCUUCUCACGUUCUUCAAAUGACUUGGAGCUACAAAGAGUUAAGGAAUGUUUUGCAGAAGGAAGGCUGGAAUAAAUCUCAUUUCCAGACUGCCUCAGCAACUACGAAGGGAUCCAAAAGUACCUCUUGUAAAUCUGGAUAUGACGAUAGCACGUUGCCCCUGGUGGAUAAAAGCCAAGAUAAUGAGAAGACUGGAAGCCGGGAUAUGAUUCCAAUGGAUGAGCUUGGGCCAGAUGGCUACUCCACCAUCGAUCACCGGGAUAAGGAGCGGAAAUACAAAACCAAUGACAAUAUGGGAGACGCAUCAGAGAAAGAACCCCUAAAGAAUGACACAAAUAGGAAAACGCUCACCAGGAGCAACAGGCCUUCGGUGACUCUGGUGGACACGCGGGAUAGUAAGCCCCAGCCUGUUGACUCCUGGGUCUAACAUUGUGCAUGCAUGGGCUAAAAUCCAGCCGCUUGUUUUACAAUUCUUGUUGUCAUUGUUUCCCCUCGACUCAAAGAAGACUCGACAAACAAACACACACACACACACACACACCACACAACAUAGAGACAAACACCAACACACAGACCUAAAAGGUUUGCAUUAUCCAUCACUGCCAUUCUGACCGCAGAAUCGGUGAAACCAGCCAAAGCUGCAGGCUUGGACGUUGAGGAGAACAUCCAUCAACUCGAUCUCUGGAGGGUUUGCUCGACCAUUCUGCUCUGGAAGAAAACCUCACCUUCCCAUCCAGGAAAAGAAAAAAGAAGAAGAAGAAGAAGAAGGCAAAAUGGAAAACGGAUCUCUCUCUCCACCUCCCAGCAGGACGGAUCACAAUUCCGAAAGAGAACGGCAAGUUUAGGCCAACUGGAUUUGGUUCUUUGUGGACUCUUCAGCAUAGAUGGUGCCAAGUUGGGAGAUGAAGGUCAAGAGAAGAGGAAAGAAAGGGGAAGUGGGGACAAAAAAAAAAAAAGAACCAAAAAGGUGUUCUGAAUGAAAAU